UCUAUUUCACAAUACACUCCAAAUCCUUCUUUAAAUGUAUGGUGUCAGAUCAUAUGUAAAAUAUAUUUCACAUACAUAGGAAGUCCUAGUGCAGUAUAUAAACCGAUCAUUUUAAAUUGCACAUAAAAUAAUAAUGAUUAUAAUGACACUGGGGUUAUUUUCUUUCUAUAUAGAGAUGAUUGUUACAGGUGCAGAGGCAUUGAUGUGUAUUACUCAAAUAAUAUUGCACUGUUACGAUAACAUCGUCCCAUCGUGCUAAAAACAGUAUCAUGUUGAAGAUGUGAACAAAUAAAUCAUUACCACCAGAGGAGGGUAAAUAUUAAGUACAAAGCUGUAGUGAAUGGGUGCUGUGACCAAUGACUCCAGUGAUGGAAAAAACAUGUGAAGGGCUUUUUUCUUUUUCGGUGGUUCAAAUGCGUCACCGGUUCAGGGCGUGUUCCUCCCAACAGGGUCUAUAUAGUUCUGUGAUCUCUGCCACACAAUACACAAAGCAUUAUUGCAGCCUCCUCUCACACACACCAAAUUAACCCAAAGAGCUCUCAUCUGAAAUAUAAAAUGCAGGCCGAGGAGUACAAUCGCAGAGGUAAGGAGCUGGUCGACUACAUCACACAGUACCUGGGCUCCAUCAGGGAGAGACGGGUGAUUCCAGAUGUGAAGCCAGGUUACAUGAAGGAGCUUCUCCCUGACACAGCGCCCACAGAGCCAGAGGACUGGGAGAGUAUCUUCGACGACAUUGAGAAAGUCAUCAUGCCAGGAGUGGUUCACUGGCAGAGCCCUCACAUGCAUGCCUACUACCCCAGUCUGACUUCAUGGCCCUCUAUGCUUGGAGACAUGCUGGCUGAUGCCAUCAACUGUGUUGGAUUCACCUGGGCCUCCAGCCCAGCGUGCACAGAACUGGAGAUGAAUGUGAUGGACUGGUUGUGUAAAGCACUGGGGCUCCCCUCCUUCUUUCUGCACCACCACCCUGACAGCAGAGGUGGAGGCAUUCUGCAGAGCACAGUCAGUGAGAGCACACUGGUUGCUCUGCUGGCAGCCAGAAAAGACAAAAUUACGCAGCUGAGGGCGGAGCUCGACCAGGAUGUAGAUGACUCGGUCCUAAAUUCAAGACUGGUGGCCUACGCUUCAGACCAGGCUCAUUCCUCAGUUGAGAAGGCAGGUCUGAUCUCCCUGGUGAAGAUCACAUUUCUUGCCACUGAUGAGAAGUUGUCUCUGAGAGGUGACACUUUGAGACAAGCCAUACAGGAGGACAGGAGGCGGGGACUGGUCCCUUUCAUGCUAUGUGCAACUUUGGGAACCACAGGAGUCUGUGCCUUCGACAACUUGUCUGAACUGGGACCAGUCUGUGCAGAAGAGGGACUGUGGCUCCAUGUUGAUGCUGCAUACGCCGGCUCAGCCUACUUCUGUCCUGAGCUCCGCUGGUCCCUGCAGGGCAUUGAAUUUGCUCACUCUUUUGUCUUCAACCCCUCAAAGUGGAUGAUGGUCCAUUUUGACUGCACGGCUUUCUGGGUCAAGGAUAAAUAUAAGCUCCAGCAGACAUUCACUGUUGAUCCUGUUUACCUCCGACAUGAAAACUCACAGGCAGCCACAGACUUCAUGCACUGGCAAAUUCCUCUCAGCCGACGUUUCCGUUCUCUCAAACUCUGGUUUGUGAUGCGCUCCUUUGGACUGAAAAACCUCCAGGCUCAUAUCAGACAUGGGAUUGAGAUGGCAAAGCUUUUGGAGUCUCACAUAAGAAGUGACCCAAAUUUUGAAGUUCCUGCAGAGAGGCACCUCGGCCUGGUGGUCUUCUGUCUGAAAGGAGGAAAUAAUUUGACCCAGGAGCUGCUGAGGAGACUGACCCGGUCAGGCACCAUGUACCUCAUCCCUGCAGACAUUCACACCAAGCGUAUCAUCCGAUUCACGGUGACCUCACAGUUCACCACCGCAGAUGACAUCCUUAAGGACUGGAGCAUCAUCUCCAAAACGGCUUCCGCUCUUCUGGCUGAGACGCAGGCACUGAAUAAUGCAGACCAACCAAAAUUAGGGAAAGACGAGGUGAUAGACGAAAACCAAGACCCCAAAUCAGGCACCCAGUCUGAGGAGAGAGAUAAUGCUGCCUCCAGCCUGGACAAGGCUCAGGUGGAGCUGUGGAUUGACAAGGCCUGGAAUCGAUCUCGGAGACCAAUGCGGUCUCUUAGCUGCAGCAGCGAGCCGUACACUUACACCGGGCCGCUGUCUGGCUGUGACUUUGACACAAGGCCUGGUCUUAAAGAUGCUGCAGGAGCCCUCCCCAGUGCGCCAUCAGCAGCAGGAUCUGGUCCUAUGUUUAAGAUCACAGAGAUGCCUUCAAAUCUUCUGGGUAAACAGGUCCUGAAAAAGCUGACAAAGUUCUACAGCGUGCCCAGUUUCUGCAACCAGUGGGUGCAGUGCGGUCGGCACCAGCUGUGCUGCCCCGUGAAGGUCUCACAGGGAACUCAAAAACACUUGUCCUCCACCUGCAGAAGAAUAAACUGUAUGUCCUCUUCUCCUGUAACCAACACAGCCCCCUCUCCUACUCCACUGGAAACUGCCACUGCACCCAAGCUCCUGUAAAGAUGCUGAAAGCAGUGUACAGUAAUACACACACACACACACACAAACACACAGAGUAAUUCAGCUAUUUAAUAAUUAAGCAAUUUACUACCAGCUGUGAGCCGGCAUAUUCAGUACUUGUCUGAAUUGAAGAUCACCAUCUAACUGUGUCAAUGAUUUGGGAUUGCUGUGAUGGUUUACAAUCAUGUUUUUAAAAAUAUUUUUAUUAAAAAGUGUUUCAAACAAAAUUAUAUACUUUGAAAUAUUUCAGUGCACAAUAUUACCCACAAGUAGCUCAUGAAAUGUGUUGUACAUAAAUGCUCAAUGUGCAGGUCAUUUAUCAUUACUUGGCAUCCUGUUUCAAUAAAGUGUGCAGGAUUUAGAGGGAUCUACUGGCAGAAAUUGAAUAUAAUAUUCAAAAUGAUGUCUUCAUUGGUGUAUAAUCACCUGAAACUAAGAACCAUGAUGAGCCCCAACUUAUCUACAGUCAGCCUUGUUGAGAUACGGUCACACAUGAGCAAAAUUAACCCUGGCAAAUAUUUGCCUCUUAUUCACUUGCAUUCAAUGCGAGCAGAGCGGUGAAUAAAACAUAAGCUUCCGAUGGCAAAGCAAAUUCACAUUGUGGCAUUGUGUGCAGUUUAACUUGGUGAACUUUGACUAGCAAAGUCACACCUUUAUGGAUGUGUCACUGACUGUUGCCGACCAGCUGAUAUUGUAUGAUGUUGGUCAAGAAAAAUACAAACUGCUCUGCAUGAAAUGCUACCUGUCUGGCAGUGAGUUGGGAGACAGACACUGAAUGUAAGAAAAUGGAAAAUGUACCAACGACAUCAUAUUUCACAGUAUUUCUUGGCCAGCUAGCUUUCUGUGUCCCAUCAGAAGCUAACCACAUUCAGCAUGAAUAUCGCCUUGGCAAGCAAUGGCCACUCACCUAUAUUCGCUCAUGUGUGACCAUCUCUUUGUACCACCGUGUUUCUACAGUAGCCCAAAAAAGACAAACCAAACCAUGGCGCUAGAGAGGGUCUUUCGUCUUUUUUUACAUUAAAGUCGCAGCUUAAGUUUGGUCGCGUCAUAGAUUUUGGAUAUCGUAAUAUUGUAAGCGCUGUCUUUUAAAGGCUGCAUUACAGUAAAGUGAAGUAAUCUAGCAGACUGUUUUAGCUCUUUAAUCACUUAGUCAUUCUAUCCACAUUACUGAUAAUUAUUUAUCAAAAAUCUCAUUGUGUAGAUAUUUUGUAAAAGCACCAACAGUCGUCCCCACAAUAUUGUUGCAAUAUCGAUAUUGAGUUAAAAAAUAUUGUGGUAGUCUAUUUGAAUGAAGGCCACCACAGGUUCUCCAACAUUCUUGGAAAGGCAGGCGUGAGGGGAGAGGUAUUCAGUCAGCUGCAAUCUUUAACCUCACCACUAGAUGCCGCUAUAUCCUACAAACUGGUCCUUUAAAGCCUAAAAAUCAAAUGUACAAUUUUGAGGUUGAAAAUCCAACAAUAAACACUGAAUUCA